UGAGGAAGCCCAGAAGAAAAGCAGCAUUUGUUUUAUAUCUUUGUACAACUACACAAUGAGCGGCAGGGGCAAAACCGGUGGCAAAGCUCGGGCUAAGGCCAAGACCCGUUCUUCUAGGGCUGGCUUGCAGUUCCCUGUCGGCCGUGUCCACAGGUUGCUCCGUAAAGGGAACUAUGCCGAGCGAGUUGGUGCUGGAGCUCCAGUCUAUUUGGCUGCUGUGCUCGAGUAUCUCACUGCUGAAAUCCUGGAGUUGGCUGGUAACGCUGCCCGCGACAACAAGAAGACGCGCAUCAUUCCUCGCCACCUGCAGCUUGCCGUUCGUAACGACGAAGAGCUGAACAAACUGCUGGGCGGUGUGACUAUCGCUCAGGGCGGCGUGCUGCCCAACAUCCAGGCUGUGCUGCUGCCCAAGAAGACUGAGAAGCCGGCUAAAACCAAGUAAACUGGGCAUCUUGGACUUGCGUUAACCACCAAACGGCUCUUUUAAGAGCCACCAAUUUUUUCCUAAGAGGGCCAA